AUGUUCGACCCCGUAAACACCGCGCCGAUGCAAGAAGUCGACAGAGACUGCGAAUUUGACGAGCGCGAGCCUAAACCGCAUUAUAUUCCUGAACUGUCUAACGCCAUCGAGAGAUUCCUAGACGCUCCCUAUGGAUCCCAGCUCAUCAUCCGAUUCUUCGCAGCUAUACUCAGUGAACGCGAAGCUGAUGAGUACUGCCCUGUGUACGCGCCCACCCCUGAACGAUAUCAGGAUGUGUGCGCCGCAAUACCGGAACUCUUGGACCCGGAGGCACUGCAGUAUUUAUCUAGGCAAUCCACCAACUGGAAGUCAGGAGAAGUACUAUGGGACAAAGGUGAAGGAUAUACGACAGUAACUCGCGGAAGUCAAGCCAAGGUGCUCCCUUACCAUACGAGAGCUGCCUUGAAGGAGAUCAAGUUUAGGGAUAUCUGGGACGUUCUGUGGUUCGAGGCUUUUGCCCUCAACAUGGAGAAGCCCAUUGGAGACCGUAUGUACCAAUGGAUGAUAAACAUGUUCGCUAGGGCUAUGAUACAGUCGAAAUCGCAGACUGUGGAUAUGGAGGCUCUGCUAAGAGGGUUGUGGACAGACGAACGCCUCCGAUUUUGGACUUGGAAAGAGAUACCCGAAGCUGCUUCUUCAUUGUCAGCAGACGGUAUUAGAGAGGGCGAGUUCGGAGGCAUUCCACGAAACAUCGCUCAGGCGCAAACUAUUGACACCGACUCCUACGAAAGCGAGGAUAUACAUGCAUUUUGGUCCGCAAAGUCAGACGGGCCAGUAGCUGUAUCGGCUGGAGCGUCGUCAGCAGAAAACGCAAAGAGCGUGCAAACCGACAAUGGACAAAACACUUCAGAUGACUCCGAAGAUGAAGACAAUCUUGACACGGAUACUCUACGCAACUGCUACGGAAAGGCUUAUCUAGAGGAAUACGGACCUUUCAUACAGCCGUUGGAGCAUGGGAAAUGGGAUCUAGACAUCCCCCAAGAUCAGUUCUGCGUUAUGUGUCUUGAGACUCACCGCCUAUUAGGUGUCAAAAUGAGCGCUUGUGGCCAUCACUUUCACUUCGCUUACAUCAAAGAAUGGAUGAACGGCUCUUCACCAAACUCCAAUCUCUAUCCAGAAUGCCGAGCUCAAACUUGUAAUGAACGCAGGAAGGUACAGAUUACGGGGUGGAUGUAUGAUGAAGAGGAUGACACUGAGAAUGACGAGGAUGACGACGAGGAUGAGCCUGGGUAUAGUGAUGAUGGUGGAGAUGAAGACGAAAUGAGUGACUAG